GCGGAACUUGAUAUUUCCUCUCAUUAAACAGAAUUCCUGAGCGGAAUAAACUCGUGGAAUUGAUUUAAUUGAUUCCCAACGCAGAGGCAGUGCGCGUUCCCGAUUAUCAGAGCGCGUGUCCAGAAACCAUCCACCAGAGCGCGCGUACUCCGUGUCCAGAGCGCGUUCCCUGAAACCGGAGCGCGUUCCCUGUGUCCAGAGCGCGUUCCCUGAAACCGGAGCGCGUUCCCGGUGUCCAGAGCGCGUUCCCUGAAACCGGAGCGCGUUCCCGGUGUCCAGAGCGCGUCCGGGUUUGCGUUGAGGAGCUGAAGGAGACGCGUGCGGCGAAGUGUGUGUGUGUGUGUGUGUGUGUGUGUGUGGGAUUUACGGACGGAUUUACAGCAAAAAAAACACACUUUCACACGGAGAGAUCUAACACACUUUCACCGGGCGCGCGAGGAAUAACGGAGCUCCUUUUCUAAUGGAUUAUUUUUUAUCUUCUCUCCUUCUCUUCCUUUUCUCUUGGCUACAGCAGUGUAUUUUGGGGGAAAAGUAGUGUACGCCUGUCACGUGACGUGAUUUACGCACGCGGCUUUCUAUAUUAGUAUACUGUGUGUGUGUGUGUGUGUGUGUGUGUGUGUGUGUGUGUGUGUCCACUGUGAUGAGACGUUGACAAUUUUUGUCCUCCUUGUUUAUAUAGUUUUUUAUCCAGGAGAACUUCCUGUCUUUAAUUAUAAGCUGAUUAAUAAAUGGAUCAAUAAGAAUCAAGCGCGUCUCGUGCACUCGGCAGGAACCCUGUAACAAGUCUCAUGAGUGUCUUCUCAGAGAUCUAACAGACAAACAAACAAGCGAUCAACAAAGAAAUAAGCAAGCUAACAAACAUCUACUCUGGAAAUCAGAACAUCUCCAGAGGCUACAUCAGUGUUUUGGACCCAGAGCUGAUUGGUGGAUCUGUGGAUGAAGAAUUGAUGAUGAUGCUCAGACUCCCAGUCCUGCUGAUCAGCUUUGGCAUUAGCUUGAGCUUCAGCACUGCUGAACCUGCACCAAAGGAGACCAUAACAGAUGUGUGUCAGCAGGUGAGACCUCCAUGUGUGACCGAGGCAGAUCUGUACAGCCUGGAGGCUCUGAGGCACAUCCACCAGGAGAUGGAUGAUGAUCAGGAUGGAGGGAUCGAGGUGGAGGAGAGCGUUGAGUUUAUUAUUGAGGACAUGCAGCAACAGCAGACGAAUAAACACAGUAAAUUGCACAGAGAGGACCAGCACAUCACCAUGGAGGAGCUCUGGAGGGGCUGGAAGUCUUCAGAAGUCCAUAACUGGACGCAGGAGGAUGUUCUGCGCUGGCUGAGGGAGUUUGUGGAGUUGCCGCAAUAUGAGAAGAAUUUUAAAGAAUUCCACGUGAAUGGAAACACGCUGCCCAGGAUUGCGUCCAAUGAGCCAUCUUUCAUGAGCACCUACCUGAAGAUCCAGGACCAGCAGCACAAACACAAGCUGAAGCUCAAGGCAUUGGAUGUUGUGCUGUUUGGACCUCCUACACGGCCACCACACAACUGGAUGAAGGAUGUCCUGCUCAUUGUGUCGGUAUUAAUGGGGCUGGGUGGCUGCUGGUUUGCUCAGGUACAGAACAAAGCAUCAAAGGAGCACAUUUCCAAAAUGAUAAAGGAUCUGGAGAGCCUUCAGAGAGCUGAGAAGAGUCUCCGAGACCUGCAGGAGCAGCUGGAGCGAGCCCAGGAGGAGAAGCGUACAGUAGCAGUGGAGAAGCAGUUUUUAGAGGAGAAGAUGAGAGAUGAGAUCCAAGGAGCUCAAGAGGAGGCCAACCGGCUGUAUAAGCUCCGCAAGGGGGCUGUCGGUGAACUAAGCCGCCUGAGAUAUGCUGAGGAGGAACUUGAACAGAUUCGUGGAGCGCUGAAGAAGGCAGAGCAGGACAUGCAGGCUAGCUGGUCAGUGCAGGACUCUCUGCAGCUGUGGCUGCAACUCACCCACGAGGUGGAGAUGCAGUACUACAACAUCAAAAAGCAGAAUGCCGAGCAGCAGCUGGCCACAGCAAAGGAUGAGGCAGAGAAAAUUAAGAAGAAAAGAAGUUCUGUUUUUGGUACCCUCCAUGUGGCACACAGUUCCUCUUUAGAUGAAGUGGACCACAAGAUCUUACAGGCCAAAAAUGCCCUCACAGAGGUGACGGCAUGUUUGCAAGAACGGCUGCACAGGUGGCAGCAGAUCGAGUUGUUGUGUGGAUUUGCCAUAAUGAACAAUGCUGGUCUACACAGCCUCAUGGCUACCUUGUACCCUGAUACCAACUGGAUGGUUUGGCCAAGAUCUACUCUGUCUAACUACCAAAUGCCUGCAGGCAUUGAUGACAUGGAGGAUGGAAUGCCUUCCAUGAUGCCACCAAAACUUCCUGUCACAGUGACUCCCCUCAAGCUUUCCCCUCGAGCCCUGGUCCGUUCUCGUCGAACCGGUCAUAUUGUCCAGGCACCUGUGAUUCUAUCACCUGAUCCUGAUAUUCUAAUCCCGAUUCGGCCUCCGGUCCCUUGGUUUGACGAAGAGGAAGAGGAAGCAAUCCUUUUCCCUGUGAUUGUGAAACCAGAGGGUCUGGAAACAGCCUCUGAUAUUGAUCCCAUUGGACCCACUGUUGGAAUAAUGUACACCAGCCCUGGAUUGGAUACUUCAACUCGAAAAAUAUAUCGUGACAACUUAGACCUCUUCUCCGAUUGUGUCACAAGUAAGAUUCCAGUUGAUGGACAAGAGAACAAACCCUUGCGCAGGAUAUCACGAGAGGAACUUGGGUAUCCUGUAAGGGUCGAUUCUAGAAAAGUUUCACGUGAAGAACUUCAAGUCGAAACCCAACCCAGAAAGAUCUCCAAAGAGGAACCUGAGGUGUAUACAGAUGCUUUGGUGGGUCCUGCUUGUGCAAAGGAACCUGAGGUUUCUGCUGAUUUCAAGAAGAUUCCAAUGAGUCUGCCAAUCAAUCCUAGUUAUUCUACGAUUAGGCUGUCCACCAAGGAGAAACUAGAUUCACCCACAGAACCAUACCUUGGAAUCAGAUACAUGGAUGAUGCUGAAGUAAAUGUAGGGGGUCUGCGACGGAAGAUGUUUAAAGAAAAGAAGAAUCUUUCAGGAGAGAGCUUAUCAAAAAUUAUACUUAAAGAAGAACCUGUGACAGAUAGCCAAAGUGGUGAUGCAGCGCAAGAAUUUAAUGUAAGAUCAAUACUAAAAGAGGAAACUCAGAAGAGAAAUAUCGUGUUUAAGGACAAACCCUUGGACUCUGCUUCCACAAGCUUGUUGAAAGAUGAGCUUGAUGACUUUGUCUCGACGGAUGGGCAAAAUGUAAACGUAAGAAAUACUAAAGAGCGAUUUUACAGAAAUGUCUUCAAAGAGGAACGAGGCUUGUCUAUGGACAAGGGAAAGCUCUUUAGAGGUGCGUCCAUAGACAGCACUUUUAGAAAAAAGGCCCACAAUGACUUAGAUACUUCAGUGGAAAACUGGCGAGGAAUUUCUUUAAGAGAGAGAAGGGAUAAUUCUGUACCCAUGAAGCUCUCAAGAGAGGAGCGUGAACUUGUCACAGAGAAACAAAGACUGUUCCGGGACAUUGGGCAAGAUGAGACAUUGGACACCCCUCUAGAUAAAAUCCCGAGAGAUGUCUCGGCUGUACCUGUGGAGACUGUCAGGCCAAAGAUAUCCAAAGAUGAGUUUGUCAUUCCAGAUCAAGGUCUCUUAAGCCAACCAGACCUUACAAUCAACUCUCUAAUGCUCUGGAAUCCACCCUCAGACCCCCUAAGUCAUCUAGUGUAUGAUGGGAUCUUAGAGAAAUCUUAUCAGAAUCCUUUAAAUGUUACCAGUUCGGCAGACCUCAGACAUCCUGCCUCAAUUUCCACCUCCUCCCAAAGCCUAGUGAGCAGCGAUGGUGCUAGCAGCGUUUCUACUCAAUCUGGAAAUCUCUCACCAGAAGAAUCCCGUAGUGGAAACAAAGGCAAGAAAUCUCUGAAGCUCAAAAAUCUGUUCAAGAAGAAGAAAGAUAAGGAGAAAGAUAAAGACUCAAAACGAGAACAUCCACAAGGGGGUUUACAGAAGCUGUGAGUUUGAGUCGUUACAAGAACUGGAAGUCCUAAGAACUAAAAAAUGUUCACAGGAUCAGUGUUGCUUUAAAUGCUUUAGUAACUGUUUCUUGAAGUGGGUGAUACGGAAACACUAACUGUAGGUGUCUUUAUGGAAGGUUUUGCGAGAUGAUUUUAAUGAGUAGGAACAUUUAUAUUAAUAUAGAGAUGUUUAAUGAUG